AGUUCUCUUUUCCCUAACAGGCACGGUCACCACAAAGUUGUUUGAUAUGGAAGCUUUCAAGGCGACGAACAAACAGAUGCUCUCAGGUUCGGCCAUCUAUCAGAAGCUUACAGAUGCAUAUGAGGAUUCUUCCUUAAAAAUUGUCCCUGGGAAUGUCGAAGCACCGAAAGUGUCUGGCCUUACAAGCAGCCAAGCACCUCCAUCUUCCAACGUGACUCCUAAACUGAGUCCACGUAACAGGAAGCGUAAGGCUCUGGAAAGCGCCAAAUUUCAUAUUGAACGUAAGGUGCUACGACGUCGUGCCCAAGGACCAAUCGAGUACAAAGAGUCCCAAAGCAGCCAGGAGGAGAUCGCAGGAGCAGCAGAGCACAUAAAGCAGGAACCACCUGUUGUGAAAGGGCAACACAUAAAGACGGAAAGCGUAGAUCCCGCAGCGACUCGUCCAGUAGCAGCAGAACACAUAAAGCAGGAACCUCCUGUUGUAAGAAGGAAAGCGUAG